AUGGAUGAAAACCUAGCAUUAUUGUUGUAUGGUUGCAAGUUGGCGAAAAACCUCGAAAACAACCUAACCGUGCUGUCGACCCAACCCGAAAGCCUCCUCGUUUCUUGCGACGAAAUCAUUAGGGUUUUUAGCAGCGUUCGAGAUAGGUUAGCCGUUUUCUCCCGGUCGGGCCAAACGAGCUUCGUGGCUGGCGGGCCCCACGAGAUGCAAAGGCUUGACGAUUAUCACAUCGGCUCGGUAAUCCAGGAUUGGCUGAGGACCGGCGGCGGCGCCGGCGCCUCUCGUGAGCCGAUGGAUUUUCUCCGAGCACCGUCAACUGCAGAGGACGUUGGUGGCAAGAAUCGGCCGCCGGGCGGCUUGCAGCUUACGGUGGUGGGGUCUAGCGGGGAAAUAAAACCCGCAGCGAGUAAUGCACCGGAUUUCAGCAGAGUUUCGGGUUCACGGAGGCCGAUAAUGAGAAAAGAUGAAGGUCAGAAGAUAGUGAAGAAGGUGCCUGCUCCUCAGAUGGGAAACCUUGAUCUUCCUCCUGAAGAUGGCUUUACUUGGCGAAAAUAUGGUCAAAAGGAGAUUCUUGGGUCCACGUAUCCAAGGAGCUAUUACAGGUGUACCCACCAGAAACUGUACGGCUGCCCGGCCAAAAAACAGGUCCAGCGCCUGGAGGACGACCCCUUCACCUUCGAGGUCACCUACCGUUGCUCCCACACUUGCCACGUGUCCUCCUCCGCCCCCUCCGCCACCGUGCCGCCGCUGCCGCCGCCGGCCACGGCCCCCCCGCCACCUCCCCAGUCGCUCCCCACCGCCCACUGGCUCUCGAUGCAGCUCCUCCACGACCUCGGCGGCGCCGGCGCCGGAACCUCCACCGGAAGGUUCCCCGACUACCAGCUGGCGGUGGCGGACAUGGCGGACGCGAUGUUCAACUCCGGGAGCAGCAGCAGCAACAGCAUGGACUUGAUCUUCUCGGCCAUGGACGACAAGUGGGAUUCCGAGGAGAAAAAGGACUGA